AUGUAUCUAGGUUGGAGUCCUCCAUUUGCUGCGCAGGUGUACCCUCAGUGGAAUGGAAGCUCCAGCUUCAAGUCAUCUCUGUCACACCCCUCCCUUCACGACCCAAUCAGGGCCCGGAUGGCUCUCCUAGCCAAUCAGCUCCUGGACCCCAGGGUUCUGAAUGGUAUGAACGGGAGAGUUGACCUCCCGUCCUUCCUGCGGGCUCAAAACCCCCCGGGCAUCCCAGCCCAGGCGUCCAGCACGGAAGAAGACACCCGCAAGAACAGGAAGUACCCGUGCCCGCUGUGCGGCAAGCGCUUCCGUUUCAACAGCAUCCUGUCGCUGCACAUGCGCACGCACACCGGCGAGAAACCGUUCAAGUGUCCGUAUUGUGACCACCGGGCCGCCCAGAAGGGGAACUUGAAGAUCCACCUGCGCACACACAAGCAGGGCAUUCUGGGUAAAGGCCGGGGGCGAAUCAGAGAAGAGAACCGUCUGCUUCAUGAGCUGGAGGAGAGAGCCAUCCUGAGGGACAAACAGAUAAGAGGCAGUCUCCCGCCCCACGUACUCCAGACACAACUGCCCCAGUCUGCCUCUCUGACUGCCCCCCAGACCUCUCAGUCCCCCUCAGGCCCCGUGGACGCCCUCCUACAGCCCUCCCCCUCCCCCAAUAUGGCGUCUGUCCUGGAGGAGCCCUCCCCCCUGCCCCCGCCCUCAGGCUUCCGCUGCUCCUUCUGUAAGGGAAAGUUCCGGAAGCAGCAGGAGUUGGAGCGUCACAUAAGGAUCCUCCAUAAGCCCUACAAGUGCACCCUGUGCGACUACGCCGCCUCCCAAGAGGACCAGCUCAUCGGCCACGUGGAGACGGCCCACAUCUCAGCCGAGGACGCUCAUGGAGGGAGGCCCACGGCGGGGAGGCCUGGGGGGGAGUUCCCCUGCGAGGUCUGCGGGCAGACCUUCAGCCAGGCGUGGUUCCUCAAAGGACACAUGAGGAAACACAAGGACUCGUUCGAGCACUGCUGUCAGAUCUGCGGAAGACGCUUCAAGGAGCCAUGGUUUCUCAAGAACCACAUGAAGGUUCACCUCAACAAGCUGGCUGCCAAGAGCAGCAGGCCCCCAAGCUUGGCGGAUGUAGCGGUUAGCUUCAGCAGCGUAGCCCAGGACCCCCAAGCUAACCUGUACUCCCAGUACAUCUCCAGUCUCCACAGGAGGUUCCUGUCCACUGAGAGAGCUGGACAGCCUGACUACCAUCACAGCUUCUCCUCUGCCGAGGUGGAGCUGAAGGUCAAGGACCUGCUGGGGAGGAUGCUUGCCCAGGGAACAGGCCUGGUGGAGGGGGAAGGUCGGAGGAAGCUUGCCCAUGGACAGGGCCUGGUGGAGGGGGAAGGUCGGAGGGUGCUUGCCCAGGGAACAGGCCUGGUGGAGGGGGAAGGUCGGAGGAUGCUUGCCCAUGGACAGGGCCUGGUGGAGGGGGAAGGUCGGAGGGUGCUUGCCCAUGGACAGGGCCUGGUGGAGGGGGAAGGUCGGAGGGUGCUUGCCCAUGGACAGGGCCUGGUGGAGGGGGAAGGUCGGAGGGUGCUUGCCCAUGGACAGGGCCUGGUGGAGGGGGAAGGUCGGAGGGUGCUUGCCCAUGGACAGGGCCUAGUAGAGGGGGAGAGUCAGACGAUGCUUGCAAAGGGACAGGACUCCUUGCUGGGCUGCCUGCUUCCCCCUCUCCUGAGCUCCGGAGGUAUGGACCUUCUCCAAGCUGCUGACAGUGACAGAGACGGUAAUAGUGCUAAUCCCAGAUAUCCCGGCUGGCAGAUCAUGGCACCGGGACUGUCCCUGGAGCAGAUAUACACACCUGCCGACCCGCACCAUUGCUACCCGCCUCAGAAGCGUGUGCCGGAAGGCCUGGUUCUCCAGGUCUCAGCCACGGUGGACCAGAGACCCAGACAGGGACAGGCCGAUCCCAGGCUGGCAGUGCCCCGCUGGAACGCCCCCAGCCCUCCCUCUCAGCCUCAGGUGAGCCGGCCCUACAGGACUCCUUUCCCAACGGACUACCCUAGUGACUACCCCAGCACACAGCCAGCCCCCUUCAGCUACCAGCCCCCCUGGCUGGAGAGCCGGGGCCUCACACAUCCCCGGCGCCAAGCCCAAACCUCGGGACCAAAGCCCCAGACUGAGCCCUCCCAGAGCCAGACCCCCAGCACCCAAGCCCAUACCCCCAGCACCAAGCCCAUACCCCCCAGUCCCAAUCUCAAGCCCAGGCCCGGGCACCAAAGCCCGGAUACUGGUCUGUACUCUGACGUGGAAACCUCUGACUCCAGCAGGGUACAGCCAGACUCGAUGCUCAGUGACAGACAGGCUGAGGUGAGUGAGGGCGAUGUGGGUCUGGGGGUCCCUGGUCCCUCCCCCCAUCCCAGGCACGGCGGGGCAGCAGGAGCCCCUGGACCUCUCUCUCCGACCAGACUUGGAGGGGUCCCAGGUGGAUCGGUCCCCCAGACAGGGGUGCCCAGCCCCUGA